UCACAAGCCCUGGUUCACUCCACUCAACUCAACAACAAUAAAUAAAUUACCCUAGUCACUAGUGUUUGUGUUUUUACCUUCUAAUUUCCUAAACUAUCAUAUAUCAUAUAUAAAUAUAAAAAGGGUUUUUUUCCGCUGAAGGUUUAAGUUUAACCUUCGUUUUCGGUGGUUCUUCUGUCUCUCAAGCAGCCAGCAUUUGUUCUCUCAUCACCACACCAUCCAGAUCCAGAUCAAAUGGCAGCCAUGGCUAUGUUGCGUUUGUCACCACUCUCUGGUCAAAACCAUGUUCUUUCUUUCCCAUCAUCGCCAUCACCACCACCACCUAAGCUUCAGAACCGUCCUCUGUAUCUCACCAAUUUGCCUCAUUUGCCCCAAAGGUUGAAACUUUCCUUCGCCGGAGGCGCCGGCGGAGAUGGGGUCGGACGUGGUGGUGGCAGUGGUGGCGGCGGUGGAGGAGGUGAAAGCUGGGGGGAUGAUGAAGGAAAAUCCAAAGAUUCAUCUCUUGGAAUUUUGGGUCUUUUUCUGAACGGUUGGAGAUCAAGGGUUGCUGCUGAUCCACAAUUCCCUUUCAAGGUUUUGAUGGAGGAGUUGGUGGGUGUGAGUGCUUGUGUAUUAGGUGACAUGGCUUCAAGGCCUAAUUUUGGGUUGAAUGAACUUGACUUUGUCUUUUCAACUUUGGUGGUUGGGGCUAUUCUGAAUUUCACUCUCAUGUAUCUAUUGGCACCUACCAUGACAUCAUCAGCAUCAAACCUGCCAGCCCUAUUUGCCUCAUGCCCCAAGAGUCACAUGUUUGAGCCUGGUGCAUUUUCCCUUUUGGAUAGGUUAGGAACCUUGGUGUACAAAGGGACCAUUUUUUCUGUUGUUGGCUUUGGUGCAGGACUUGUUGGAACCACACUUUCAAAUGGGUUAAUCAAGAUGAGGAAGAAGAUGGAUCCAACAUUUGAGACCCCCAACAAGCCUCCACCAACCAUUUUGAAUGCUCUCACUUGGGCUGCUCACAUGGGGAUUAGCAGCAAUCUUAGGUACCAGACUUUGAAUGGAGUUGAGUUCAUGUUGGAGAGGGUGCUUAACCCUUUAGCUUUCAAGUCCUCAGUGUUGGUGCUGAGGUGUGUGAACAAUGUUCUUGGGGGAAUGUCUUUUGUGGUGUUGGCAAGGUUGACUGGGGCACAGAGUGUUGGGGGGGAGCAGAAGGAGAAUGAGGUUGCUUUGAUUGCUGAGAAGGAGAAGGUGGUGGAGUCAGAGAGGGAAGAGGGUUUGCAGAAUAAUCAGUCGACAGCACCAUAAAAGUGAUUGUAUCACUCACUUUGGCUUGUUUCAGAGCGGUUUGUCUUUUAAUUUUGACCAGGGUUGUUGGAGUUGGAGAAGGUAAGGUUUUUUAGUUUUAUGAAAAAUUGUGUCCUAUGGUAGUAUGGGCAUAUGAUGAGUCUGGGAGCACCAAAUAAGUGGAAAAGGUAGAUUGAGAUUUGAGACCUAGUCUGUGACAUUUGCUGCUUGUAUGUAUGUAUUAAUGUUACCUGAAACAACAAUAACAUGCCAAAUUAGUCCGGCCAGUAUUGGACCCCCCCUCCCUCAUUAUAAACAAAAUAUUUAGGCCAUGUAGAUGUUUUUGCUUUUAUUUCUGAUCAAUUAGUAGGCUUUUGUUGUCGUUUUCUCGAGCAUCCAUCCUUGUAAAAUUAUCAUAUAAUCUAUUUUGGGGUAUUGGCUAA